CCACCCCCCCCUCCCAACCCCACCCCUCCAAAACACACACACACAGAAGAGGUUCAGUAAUGCUGUCCUGAGAGGAUGUGAGGGAAGCCCCGGGCGGGAGGAAGUGCCGGCAUCUUCGUCCACUCAUCUGUGCAUCAGCCACAGCCAAAGUUCUUUCGGGCGGCCCCCGCCCCCGGAAGACGUCGCACCCAUGUGGGAGGAGGCUCUGUGGACCCGGGGACGCUACCUGCUGGAGAAGAGCGAUGGGGGCGAGAGCGGCGAGGGGCCCGACGGCCCGGGAGCCGAGGGCUGCCCGGGUUUCCCGGGGGGCGAGGCGCGCGCCGAGGGCGAGAAGCGCCAGGACUGGCUGUACGAGUCCUACUACAGGAUGAGCCAGCAGCAUCCGCUCAUCGUCUUCCUGCUGCUCAUCGUCAUGGGAACCUGCCUGGCGCUGCUGGUGGUCUUCUUCGCCUCGGGGCUGAAGACCGAGGACCAUCUGACCUUUCUGAUCACGGUGCCCACGGCCCUGUUCCUCUUCCUGUCCAUCUUCAUCCUCGUCUGCAUCGAGUCCAUUUUCAAGCGCAUGCUCCGCCUCUUCUCCCUCCUAAUAUGGGCGUGUCUGGUCACCAUGGGUUACCUGUUCAUGUUCUCCGGAGGGAUCCUCAGUCCCUGGGACCAGGUCUCCUUCUUCCUGUUCAUCGUAUUUGUCGUGUACACCAUGCUGCCCUUCUCCAUGAGAGGCGCCAUCUUGGCCAGCGCGCUCACCUGCUUGUCCCACACCGUCACCCUCAGCAUCUGUUUGGCCUCCGCCGCCAAGGACGUGGAAGCCCUCGUCUGGCAGAUCCUGGCCAACGUGAUCAUCUUCACCUGCGGUAACUUAGCGGGGGCGUACCACAAGCACCUGAUGGACCUGGCCCUCAAGCAGACCUACCAGGACACCUGCAACUGCAUCAAGUCCCCCAUCAAGCUGGAGUUCGAGAAGCACCAGCAGGAGCGUCUGCUCUUGUCGCUGUUGCCGUCUCACAUCGCCCGAGUGAUGAAAGCCGAGAUCAUCCAGCGGCUUCAGGGCCCGAAGUUCGGCCGCACCGAGAGCGGCAACAACUUCCACAACCUCUACGUGCAGCGCCACACCAACGUCAGUAUUCUUUACGCGGACAUCGUGGGCUUCACCAGGCUGGCCAGCGACUGCGCACCGGGGGAGCUCGUCCACAUGCUCAAUGAACUCUUUGGAAAGUUCGACCAGAUCGCAAAGAGGGUUCGUCCUCAUCGGGGUCGAAUAACAAAGUCGACUUUUGGCCAGAGGCGAGGAAAACGAGUGCAUGCGGAUCAAGAUCCUGGGAGACUGCUAUUAUUGUGUGUCUGGUCUGCCGGAAUCUCUGCCUCACCACGCGAGGAACUGUGUGAAGAUGGGCUUGGACAUGUGAAGGUUCGAGAUGCCACCAGGGUCGACAUUAACAUGCGCGUGGGCGUUCACUCCGGGAACGUCCUGUGCGGCGUGAUCGGCCUCCGCAAGUGGCAGUACGACGUGUGGUCACAUGACGUGACGCUCGCCAAUCACAUGGAGGCGGGAGGUGUGCCAGGGAGGGUGCACAUUUCUUCGGUGACGCUGGAGUACCUGAAGGGCUCCUAUAAGGUGGAGCCGGGAGACGGACAGAGUCGGGACUCUUACCUGAAGGAACACGGAGUGGCCACCUUUCUGGUCAUCAAUCCCAAAACGGAGAAGCACAGCCCCGUGCUGGGCUUACGCUCUCGCCCGUCCCUGGACGGCGGCAAGAUGCGGGCGUCCGUACGCAUGACCCGCUACCUGGAGUCGUGGGGGGCCGCCAAGCCCUUCGCCAACCUCCACCACCGCAUGAGCACGGACAACGGCAAGAUCAACACCACGGAUGUUCCAAUGGGGCUGUACCACUUCCAGCGGCGAGAGAGGUCCAAGUCGCAGAGGAGGAGGUUUGAAGAAGAACUUAACGAGCGGAUGAUUCGUACCAUUGACGGCAUCAACUCACAGAAACAGUGGCUGAAGUCAGAGGACAUCCAGAGGAUCUCAUUGUUCUUUCACAACAAAGCCCUGGAGACCGAGUACAGAUCCACGACCCUGCCCGCGUUCAAGUACUACAUCACGUGCGCCUGCCUCAUCUUCUCCUGCAUAUUCAUCGUGCAAGUCCUCGUCUUGCCCAAAACUGCCGUACUGGGGAUCUCCUUCGGCCUGGCCUUCUUGCUGUUGGCUCUGAUCUUGGUUCUUUGCUUUGCCGGUCACGUUCUGCAAGGACGAAAGGGAUCGGUGUGUUCGUUCCCUUGGUUGAACACGUCGUCCCGCAUCAUCGUCACCAACAAUCCCUGGCUGCGAUUGGUCCUCACCAUGACGACCACCGCCCUCAUCCUUGUCAUGGCCGUCUUCAACAUGUUCUUUGUGGAAGAUCCUGGGAGAUCCAAGGAGGAUGUUUCAGCAUCGGCUUCCUCUGAAGGCGUCCUAGUCGGUCCCCCCGGGAAUCUAACCAACGGCACCGUGUCUGACUUGCAGUCGCAGCUGGCAAGGGAGAGCCGGUUUUAUCUACCGUACUUCAUCUACUGCUGUAUUCUGGGCCUGGUGUCGUGCUCGGUCUUCCUGAGGAUCAACUACGAGCUGAAGAUGGUGGUGAUGCUGGUGGCCCUGGUGAUCUACAACGUCAUCAUCCUCCAGACGCACGCCUCGCUGCUCGACGGCUUCAGCAAAGCGUCGUAUCCCACCCAAGUUCUGGACAGACCAGGAAUCCUGAAGGACUUGAAGACCAUGGGCUCUGUUUCCCUCUUCAUCUUCUUCAUCACGCUGCUGGUGUUGGCUAGACAGAAUGAAUAUUACUGUAGGUUGGACUUCCUGUGGCGGGACAAGUUCAAGCGGGAGUGCGAGGAGAUCGAAACCAUGGAGAAUCUCAACCGGGUCCUGCUGGAGAACGUCCUCCCCGCCCACGUGGCCGAACACUUCCUGGGACGCAACUGGAAGAACGAGGACCUUUACCAUCAGUCGUACGACUCCGUGUGCGUGAUGUUCGCCUCCAUCCCGGACUUCAAGGAGUUUUACACCGAGUCCGACGUCAACAAGGAAGGACUCGAGUGCCUCCGUCUCCUCAAUGAGAUCAUUGCGGAUUUUGACGAGCUGCUUUCGAAGCCAAAGUUCAGUGGAGUGGAGAAAAUUAAGACCAUCGGGAGUACCUACAUGGCGGCCACCGGACUCAACCUGACACCGGGACCGGAGUGCGCACAGGAACAUGACCGACAAUACAUGCACAUCGGCACCAUGGUGGAGUUUGCCUUCGCUCUGGUCGGCAAACUCGACGUCAUCAACAAACAUUCCUUCAAUGAUUUCCGACUGAGAAUCGGGAUAAAUCACGGACCGGUGAUUGCGGGGGUCAUCGGCGCUCAGAAACCUCAAUAUGACAUCUGGGGAAACAGCGUGAAUGUGGCCAGUAGGAUGGAGACCACGGGGGUUCUGGGCAAAAUCCAGGUGACGGAAGAGACGAGCGAGAUCUUAUCCACGCUGGGCUACAUGUGCUCGUGUCGAGGCAUCAUCAAUGUGAAGGGCAAAGGGGAGCUGAAAACCUACUUUGUCCACACCGAGAUGACCCGAUCGCUGUCGCAAGGCACCGUCAUGCCUUGAAUGGAUUUUUUUUUUUAAAAAAACAAAAACAAAACAAAAACAAAAAAACACUCUAAUAGACUUAACACAACACAAAGUGGCAUUAGCGACCAUCGGUCAUGCUCUGGAAGUACAAGUCAUUAGACGAGGCCCCCGCGUCUCACUGGACAAACAACUGUGAAGACCGCGCUAUUGUACGAUGUCAUUGAAGGUCACUCCCCGGGUGUUUGGCCCCCCUUACGCCCACCACCACUCCAGUGUAGAAGACAGCUCGCUCUCCGAGGAGAGAUGUUUGCUAUAUUGCUGCAGCUCUCAAGGAGCGCAGUCAAGCGUUAAUAUACAAAAGUAUUGUGGAGCUAAUUAGCCGUGCCGGUGUUGCGAGCAGCGCUUCGUGGCGCUAUAAAUAGAAUACACUCCGCGGACAAAACAAACCAAUUCAUUUUUUUACCAAGGUUGGAAUGCACCCAAGCUUGGAGUCUAAUUUAAUUGUAAAUCGAGCAAUUUUAGGACUUGGACUGGGCUCAAAUUGACGCCACUCAACCCUUGCACAUUUUAAAUGGUAGCAGACUUUUUGGGUGAAUUUCAAAAACCUCACGUUGGGAUAUUCGAUACAUGCGCCGGUUUACGAAAUAACCAACGUCGGUCUAACCCGCACAGUUGCGCCACCCGGAUACUAUUUUCACAAAAAUAGACCCCUUUGUGGUUAAUUCUCUGAGACCGCCACCAUUUUUUUUCCCCUUCCACGUUCACUUCCUGUAGGAGUUUUGUCCACGCAAUGUAUUUUGAUGGCCAGGCCGCCCUGUGAGCCGAUGUGCUCACUGUUUUAAUCCAACCGAAUGUUAGAUUACUUUGUUCCCACACUGACAGGUAGUUUGAAUGUGAUUUAAUGUAAUUAGUUUUAGAGACAUUGUUGGAAGAGUCGCUGGGUCGAGAACAAAAGUAGAUUGUUGCCCCCUUGAAGCAAACAUGCUGCACUGUGUUUUCAUGUUCCCAUGCUGCCACCCUUUUGGUAUUCAUUAAAUAUUUGUAU